CCACAUGCACCAUGUGUUGACCUUAUCAAAGAAUAUCUCGAGCUUCACGUAAUGCUUAUUUUACUCAUCAUGUAUCUGAGAAUAAUGAUUCCUAAUGACUUAAAGCCAAACGAGAUUCAAGUGUUUUAUGUUUGCUGAGCGUGCACAUGUCUGUAAACAGUCAUCGAUGAAGAGGGAUAGCUUGCAGCGAUUGCUGCAUGGGCCAAAGACCAUCUUGUCAUACAAUGUCAAACAUAUAUCAGCCCCAUCCAAAGUGCAUGGGUUGUAUGCAUAUCAGAUGCGCAUUAGGUCUACUGUUUGCAACCAUGACUAUUAAAUAUGAAUUAGCAAUGUAUUCAUAGUGCAAUGAUGAUAUGAACUUGUAGGAAUAAAAGGAAUUAUGAUGAAGAAGACUCAUGAGCUGCGAAAAUCAGGGGAUGCCCUGUCCCUGCCAGUGAUAUCAGUGACAGAUUUCCGGCUGACGAUACAGAAGAUCCCCACAGUGCCUACAGCACCUUACUCCCUGGCGAUGCAGACCAAAGGCUACACGCAGGACGACACCAUAGUAACAGAUCUCGAUAUAAAUAAUUCGGAAUUCCGGAUGGGUCGGGACCAAGGCCAGGGCUACCGGUCGGCUUUCCAGCAGGACUAUCCAGCCAGUCAGCAUGCCUUACAUAGCAGCAGACGAUUCAGCCAGCCUGUAUCUGCUGAACCUCAGCAGCAAGACCAUUCACUGUCUGCUUCCUAUGGAGGUCACACAGAAUCCCGCACCCCCAGACACAGGCAGGUUCACCACCCUGCCACGGCCUUCGCCACCCAGCUGACGGACCUAGACCCCAACAACUACCAGAAGCCCACCCCGCCCAGGGAAGAGAUGCCCUCCGUGUACCCCCAUCCGGGAUCCCACUCUCACUCGCACCCCACUCACACCCACGGCGCCACCCGGCAGAUCCAGAGCGCGGGGUCGGUCCAGUCCCGUCAGGUCAAGCCCUCAUCAUACGUCCCAGACGAGAGUCCAGAUGAACAUGAACCAUCAGACUUGGGCUCUCCCUCAACACAGCCUACAUGUGCUUUCCGCACUUUCAACUCAGGUGACCGGGUGCUGUUCUCAGAAUCCCCCUCUCUGCCUGGUGUUCCUGUGGUCUACAGGACUCAAGAAGAGAGGAGUCUCAACCCUGAUAGACUCAACUUAGACAGGAGGAAACUGACGCAGUGCCCCAUCCUCGAGGGAGAAGAUCACCUGAGAUUACUCAACUUUCAGCACAAUGGCAUCAGGAGGAUAGAACACCUAGCAUCACUCAGAAGACUCAUCUUCCUUGACCUCUACGACAACAGGAUAGAGGCCAUCUCGGGGUUGGACACCAUGAGGUCCUUGAGGGUUCUUAUGCUUGGCAAGAACAGAAUCCAGAAGAUCGAGAGACUGACCAACCUGGUGAAGCUGGAUGUUCUUGAUCUCCAUGGCAACCGCAUCAGCAAGGUGGAGAACCUGGAUCACCUGCAGGAGCUGCGGGUCCUCAACCUGGCCGGCAACGAGAUCACCCACGUGGAGGGACUCUGUGGGAUGGACUCCCUGACGGAACUCAACCUGAGGCGGAACAAGAUCUCCACCGUGACUGAUGUUGACACAUUACCGAGCUUGCAGAGGCUGUUUCUAAGUUUCAAUCUCAUAACAAACUGGGAUGACAUCUCUUGUCUGGCUGACUCCACCUCCUUGACUGAAGUGUCUUUAGAUGGUAACCCAUUCUGCCAGGAAUCCUCUUACAAAUCUAUCAUCAUCCGCAGCAUGGCUUAUCUGAAACAACUGGAUAUGAAGAAAAUAUCAGAGGAUGAGAGGAAGGUUGCUCUGGCUGUUGUGAAGAAAGAGGAGCAGAAGAAGAGAGAGGUGAACAGAAUAGCUGUUCUCAAGGAGAAAAGGCGGCUAGCCAUCAAGAAUGCAGCAAGGCAGUGGGAAGCAUCCAUGAGUACCACGUUGGCCAAGACGUCACGCCUGCAAGCUGCCCCACUCUACGGGGGAGGAGAGAGAGGAGGGGAUAGUGGACUGGCCACGCCCAACGAUAGUCGGCCAGGGUCAAGCGAAGGAGGAUCUGACAAAGGUCAUCCGGUUGACCUCUUAGAUGGAGGAAGGAGUCAGGACUCCAGCAGACCUUCGACACGCUCAGACUCUCGCCAGAGGAAGCUACCCACUCCUGAUCUUCUUGCCAACAUCACACCGGAUGAAGUCUGCCACCUAGCAGAGUUAGAAGGGGACACACUGCACCUGUAUGGCCCAGGAUCUCUGGAUGCUCUUGACAAGAACUGGGGUGUCCAGGCAGCAGGGUCUAUCACUACCGUCUCUAUCAAGUUUGUGGACUUCAACAAGGUCGCAAAGCACCUGCAGAAGAUACGCCUCAGGUUUCCUAAUGUCUCUAAUGUGAAUUUUGGUGAGUGCAAUAUCAGUAAUCUAGUGCAGCUGAAUGCCUUGGCAUCACUGAGAAGACUAGAAUCCCUGACGAUAUCCAAACAAGGUAACCCCAUCACCAACUAUGUGCUCUGGAAACAGUACCUCCUCUUCAGGCUGGCACACCUAAACAUCAAGAAGAUCAAUGGACAACCGACUGACCAAUACAGUGCUGAGAACUACUUUGGUACCCUGUCCAAACUGACGGCCGAGGAACUCUCCAACUCCCGCCUCCAGAUGUUACUAGGAGACAGCCGUCGAAGGCUAACCCAGCCUCUCAACGAGCUAGAGCUGAAGGCUCGACGUCAGCUGACGGCCGAGCAACCCAGCACCUCUGAGAAUGCUGGGAAAGCAGGAUUGGUAUUCUUCUCAGAGGAUGGUCUAGACUGUCUCCAUCGGGAGAGAUUAUCCAAGACUGACCUGGCCAGUGCCUACGUCCAUCAGCUGACCUCAGAGGCCAUAGACGCUGACCGCAAGGUGGCCACGCUAGCCCAGAUCUGGCCCAAGAUCUUCAUCGGGAUGGUCCACAAAGCCUUGCUUGACAUGGCUGACUUGCAGACCUACCAACACAGGGCCUUAGAGCGAUUCAAGAACAGCUGAUCAACAAUACAUGACAAAGUAUGAAUGGGACUACAGUGUACAAGAGGCUUUAGGGUAUGGCAUGUUCUUGACUUUAAACUUGUGAGAGCAGAAGAUUUUUUUCUAAGUGGUAAUAUGGAUAUUUUAUUCGAUUCCACUUACGUCUAACAGAUUAUUUCAAACAGUGAUUUGAGCAUUUUGAAAAAAGGAUUUAGUUAUAAACUUCAUUGAAGGGCUAUUCUUGGUCAUGUGUAUGACCAAAAUUAUGACAUAUCUAGACUUUAAUUAGUUAUAAAUUUUAGAGAUUUAUAACUUAUGAUGAUUUAAAAAAUGUAUUUUCAUUUUGGAAUUCACAUGAAUUUCAAAAUGAAAUUAAACUUUCAAUAUCAUGCUUCUGUGUGAAGUCACACACGUGACCAAGAAUGGCCCUGAAGCAAGUGGAGAAGAGUAGGAUGGUUGGAUUGAGGAUUCAAGAAUAAGGGAAAAGUAGAAAUUAUGAAAUGCAUUUCAUAAUUCAUUUGCCCUUGAGGAGAAAAGUACAUGGGAAUCCCAUUUUUCUUCCUUUCUUUUCUUGGAUGUACAGUUCACAAAAUAGUAAAUCAGUCAAAAUUCAGUUUCCCUUGUACAGGUAGAUUACAGAGCAGGUCUAUGUGUAUGUAUUUUUGGUAAAACGUAGUACAGCUAUAUUAAGUCAUAAAGGUAAAUUAAACCUCUACAAUGAGUAUGCGGUAUGGAAGCAGAGAGUGGACAAAUAUGGAAGGAAAAAUUUUUGAGAGAAAAAAAAAAUCAGCAGACAGCAACACAAAAUCUAUGCAAGUGUUAAACUGGUGAUUUUGCCAGUAACCUGUGAUGGUUGUGGGAGAAAUAUAUAAACAGUGGCUAAGGCUGACUUGCCCCACCAUUUAGCCCCCAAAGCAAAACCCCCUGUAAUUUGAAGGGGAAAAAGCCUCCCAUAAAUUUCACAUUGGCUAAUUGUCAGAUCUGACAACUUUUAAGGAGCAUAGUUUCCUUGUUAACUGUCAGAAAAAACAGGACUUGUCACAUAAAACUUCCGGCAAGUCCUUUCAUAAAACGCUCCCUUUGUGAAAAAGAAUGGUUGAUAUGCAAAUUGGCCAUGUUUUGUGGUUAUAUGAGACAUUUAGCUACCAUGUCCUCCAGGUGUUAAUAUGCAAAUUCAGCAUGUACAUGUAUGAUGGCUAUAUUUGUUUGAUAUUACUGGAUUCAACAACACUAUGCAAAGUAUAAUUGUUAUUAUUAACCCUUAGGCUGCCAUAGCUCUGUACAAUGCACGCAUAGAAGAAUGUUCUCUCAUGCAUACGACAUGUAAGUACCCCUGCUAUUAACCUGGUACAAGGGAAAUAUGUUACUGGCACAAUAAGGGUUAAGCAGUGAAUUGCAAUCAUAUCUUGAGGUAUGAAUAUUAUGGAGUUAUCUAGAACAUAUGACUUCUUUCGAUGUGAAAAUUAGUUUUGUCAAUGGAGCAAAGAGAUUUUUUAAAAGUUAUUUUCUUGUUUCGUAUCUUUUGUUUUGGUUUUGAUAUGAUCUGACUAUUUGACGGGUUGUUUCCCAAUUAUGUACCAUUCAAAAUCGUGAGUGAAGCAAAUUUCUAUAAAAAGAAGUAAUCAUUAUCAUAUGCCUGCAACAUGUAGGGGAACCCGGGGUUAGUUGGAACAUGGGGUAGGUUGAAACAUUGUAAUUUUCUUUAAAAGCCUGUAAAAUAAAUUUAU